AUGGCACGUAAAAACAACAGUAGAUCCAAUAACAAAUCAAACAACAAAUCACCAAAUAAUAAUAAUAAGAAGAAAAGUGGAAAAAGUAAUAAAAGUAGAAGUUCACAAAAAGUAUUAGAUGCUUAUCAAAUAGCAGAAAGACAAGAAAGAAGGAAUAAUAAUAUACAAGAUUCAGAGGAUGAUGAUAAUAACUAUCAAAGUGGAUUAGCAUUUGAAGAAGGGAUAUUAGAUGCACGUAAAUUCUUAAAAAAUGGACAAGAAAAUGAAGAUUUAUUAGAUGAAGAAAUUGAUUCAGAUGAAGCUUUGGGAAGUGAUGAUGAUUUUGAUAUAUUAAAUAGUAAAUUUUCACAAACUUUACGAGAUAAAGCUAAAAGAGAAAAAUUGGGACAAUAUAGUGAUAGUGAGGAUGAUGAAGAUGAUGAGGGUUAUAAUAGUAUAGAUGAAAGUCAGUUAGUUACAUUAUCUGAAGCCUGGGAUAUGGAUGAUAAAGAUUUAGCAAAAUUCAACAAUCAAAAGAAGCCUACUGAUAUAAUAUUAAAUGAUGAAUGGGUUUCUGAAAGUUCAUCAAGUGGAGAAGAGGAUUAUGAUGAAGAUGAAGACGAUGGAGCAAUUGAAGAAGAUUGGGGAGAAACUACAAAACAAGGUGAUACAAGUUCAGAAGGAGAAGAAUCAAGUUCAGAUGAAGAAGACAUUUUUGCCAAUGAUGAAGAUGAUGAAGAAAAUUUUAAUUUAACUAAAACUACAAAUAUGUUGAAAAAAGAACUAGAUUUAGCAAGACCAAAAGAAAGAAAGAAAUUUAUAGUAGAGAACCGUGAAGAGAAUGAAUUUAAUGUACCAACCAAAGGAGAAAAAUUAUCAUUAGCAGAUAUGAUGUCAGGUGUUGAGGGUGUAGACAACAUUUUAAUAGAUAAAUCAGCAAAAGCAAUUGCAACUCCAUUACCUAAAAGAAUACAAGAAAGAAAUGAUAGAGGUGCAGCAUAUGAUUUAGCCAAAAAGGAAGUAAGUAAAUGGAGUGAUACAGUACAACAGAAUAGACAAGCUGAAGUAUUAAAAUUUCCAAUGCAAAAGCCAGAUCAACAUAAUGAUUCAGCUAAUACUUUUACACCAGACAAUAGAGAACCAUCAAAUGAAAUGGAGAAAAAAGUAAAUGAUAUAUUAGCUGAAUCAAAUCUAGACACUAACAAAAAGGAAUCAACUUUUGAAGAACUAGCAAUGGCGAAAUUAACCUCAGACGAAUUACAAAAAAGAACAAAUGAAUUAAGACUAAUGAGAGAAUUAAUGUUUAGAGAUGAAAGAAAAGCAAAAAGGUUGAAAAAAAUUAAAUCAAAGACUUACCAUAAGAUCAAAAAAAGAGAAAGAUUAAGAAAUCAAGAAUUAGUAGAUGAAGCUGAAGGUGUUGAUGAUGAAAACGAAGAAGAUCAAGAUUAUAAUAGAGCACAAGAAAGAAUGAGUUUAAGACAUAAAACACAACUGAAAUGGGCUCAAUCAUUAAUAAAGAGUGGAUUAUCAAGAGACGCAUCAAAUCGUGAAGAAUUAGAAGAAAUGUUGAGACAAGGUGAAAGAUUAAGAGAAAAACAAAUUGGUAGAAAAAAUGAAGAAGAUUAUAGUGAUGAUGAUCUUGAUCAAAUUGAACAUGAUUAUAACAACCAAGAAGAUGACGUUGAUCGUUCAAAAAUAGGUAAAGGUGUAAUGGCAAUGGAUUUUAUGAUUAAUGCUGAACGUAGAAAGAAAGAAGAAAAUUUAAAAGAAUUGGAAAGGUUAAGAAGAAUAGAAAAUGGAGAAGAUGAUGGAUUGGAUUUAUUUGAUCAAGAUAAUGAUAAUGGAUUAGUCAACAUCACCAAGAAUACAGGUAGACGUGUGUAUAACCCAUCAGCACAAGAUACAUCAAACAUCAACGAGGAAAUAGCGAAGGAAAUCGAAGAUGAUAAUGCAAAAUCAUUGAGUAAAAAAAUAAAUAAGAAUCAAAUCAGAGAAGAACCAACCACUCAAGAUACUUCAGAAGCAACUAUAGAAAAAUUAGAAGUAGAUGAAUCAAAUCCAUGGUUAACCACUUCAUCAGAAAAGCCAAAACAAAAAUCAUCCAAAAUCUUUGUGGUGGAUCAAGACUCUUCAAAAUUAGCCAAAGCAGCAGCCAAAAUAGCCAAACAAAAAUUAAAAAAACACAACAACAACAAUAACGAUACAUUAAUAGAUAUAAAUGAAACAUUAAAUGUAAGAGAUAUUCACAAUGAUAAUUUAGAUCAAGAAGAUCAAGAAGAAUCCGUACCCAAAAUGUUUAAACAAAAAGAUUUAAUAAAAGAAGCAUUUAUAGGAGAUGAUGUAAUAACAGAAUUUGAAUCGGAAAAACGUAAAAUGAUUGAAGAUGAAGAUGAUAAAGAAGAAGAUUUAACAUUACCAGGAUGGGGAGAUUGGGCAGGUUCAUCAAACCCAAACAAAAAAAGAAGAAAAUUUAUAAAAAAAAUAGAUGGUAUAACUCAAAAGGAUAAAAGAAAAGAUAAAAAUUUAAAAAAUGUAAUUAUAAAUGAAAAACAAAAUAAAAAAAAUUUAAAAUAUCAAUCUUCUGAUAUUCCUUAUCCUUUUGAAACAAAAGAACAAUAUGAAAGAUCAUUACGUAUGCCUGUGGGGCAAGAAUGGACAAGUAAAGAAACUCAUCAAAAAUUAACCAUGCCUAGAAUUAUAACUAAACAAGGUACCGUAAUUGAUCCAUUAAAAGCUCCAUUUAAAUAA